AAUCAAACGUGUAUGGGGCAUGUAACGUGUAAGGAGGCAUAUAAACGUGCAAGGGCGGAGGGAUAUAUAUAAAUAUAAAGCUUCACACACACGCUGCCGUGGGGAAUCGGACCACGGAAAAGAGGGAAGCAACAUCAGAUAUGAAAACAUGGUGUAACGGGGGAAUCAAUGGGGAAUAUAAAAGCGCAACGAAGAAAGCAGAAGAAGGGAAAGAAAGAAAAAGAACUCAACAAGACAACAAGAACAACAAAUCCAGCAAUCAUCAACCGGAACCCCUUUCGUGGCAGAAGCAGACCCAAAAGGACAAAGGGCAAAACUGAACAGAAGAGAAAAUGCCACCCCACAAGAAUCCCAGCACAACCAACCACACACACCUUCAGGGCCGGAAACUCAUUCUCAUUCUCAUCCAUCCCACCUCCCAGAUUCCCAUAAACCAGCUCUUCCCAAAAGCCACCCCACCACCACAACCACCAGCCCCC